CGAGGAACUUCGGCUCUGAUGAACACUCGUGUAGACUGGAAGGAGACGCCAGAGGCUCAUGUAAUGAAAGCCGAUCUGCCUGGAUUGAAGAAAGAGGAAGUGAAAGUGGAGAUUGAAGACGGUAAAGUACUUCAGAUCAGCGGCGAAAGGAGCGUAGAGAAAGAGAACAAGAACGAAACCUGGCAUCGGAUUGAGCGUAGCUGUGGAAAGUUCCAGAGAAGAUUCAGGCUGCCGGAGGAUGCAAAAAUGGAAGAAAUUAGGGCAUCCAUGGAGAACGGCGUUCUUACUGUGACUGUUCCGAAGGCGGAAGAAAAGAAAACGGAUGUCAAGUCCGUUGAAAUUUCUGGCUGAAUGAUCGAACAUUUGGAUUUGAAUAUGAAAAUUGUCUUCCCGAUUUUGAAUUUGUAAAUUAUCAAAAAUUAUUUAAUAAAUAACCAAAUUUAGACCAUUA